AUGAAUGUAUCUCCAAAGAGGAUUGAAACUUUUAAAUGGUCAUUAGCGCCUGUAUCACAUAAUGACGUAAUUAAAGCGUCGUCUGUAAAGGAUGAGAAAUACCAUCAAGCUUUAUUGAUCAUCAACGUUAACGAUAGCUUAUACAUUGGCACACCGACGCAACUUUUGCUAAUUUGCAAAUUUCCUGAUGUCAUCCAAGCAUUCAGUAUACUCAAUACAGGGCUACAAGUACUUCUGGUUAAUGAUACCAACGGAAAGCUUUGGUCGAUCAGCUAUGAUAUCCUAAUGGAUAAAAUAGAUAAUGCUGGCAAAAGGAAAAGAACAGAUAUGGAUGCCAACAAUGAUGGACAACACAAUCCUAUUGCACGCUAUCAUCAUCCCGUACAAUGGGAUUCUACAGGACUUCCUAAAGAACAUCAAAGAAAUGACAAUAUCAAAAUUUUAACAGUAGCAGAGUUGGAUGCUAAAAUUAUAUUGUCUACGAAUUGCUCCGUAAAUACAAUAUUUUUCCAUCAAUAUUGGGCUACUUAUGGUGCAAUCACCAAUCCAUAUUUGCUAAAAAUUUUCCAGAUAAUGCCUUCCAUGGAAAAAAAUUCCGUUUAUUUACAAUUUAUAACUGAUACUGAACUGAUUGAUAAUAGUAAGAAAGAUGAAAAUUCAGCAACAGAUUUAGUUGUACAAAGUUUCUAUCCAUCAGAUUUUAAGGAAAUGUGCUAUGGAAAUUGUAUUAAUUGCAAAAUUGAUCGAAGCCUAUUUAUCAAUAUUUUCGGCUUAGACGCGAUGUUGGCCAAAUCGUACGGUUUUAUGUACGGUAGUAUUGAUGGUAAGAUUCGUAUAUACUCAUGCAACAUGCAAAAUUUUCCAAAGACAGCAGAAAUCUUUUAUGAUUUGUGUGAGGAACCAAAAGCGAUUACGUCUGUUCGAAUUCCGAUCACAAAUGUUAACGGUAAUCAGAGUGUGGUCAAUAAUGCAAUACUUUUACUGGGUAUUCAAGGAAAGUUAAUAAUUGCAUGCCGUGGUAUAAUUGGCAAUGAUACGAUUGGCCUUGUAUUUAGGCAGUAUAAUCUCUUUGGUCCAGUAACUUCGCAAUGCUUAUUUCAAGAUGAACAUGGUACUAGCUCGCUACUGUAUGCUUCUACAAAUGAUCUUCGUCUUGUUCGAUUUAAUAGUAAUACAGAAACUACAGCUAUAUCUCAUAAUGAAAGUAAUAAAUCAGAUAACACUGAUGAGGAUGCAGAAAAAUUUAAGAAUCAAUUGGAUUCCUUACCAGUGCUGCCUCAGGUACUACAUCCAGUCAGUGAAAGAAUUGAUCAUAUUCUCUCCAUACUACCUUUCAUAUGUGAAAAUGAAAAAGACGUUGGUUUUGUAGCAAUCAAGUCUACUGGACAGAUAAUAAAAUUUGGCUUGUCUAUAUUUAUGAAGAAAAGCAAUUUGGAAAAAAGCGAUUUAAAUCCUCAAUUGGAAAUUUCGAAAAGACUAAAUCAGCUGACAAAUCUAAAUAAUUUAAAGACAGAAUUAGUGUCUGCAAUAUCAGCUUGUAAUAAUAGAACCAAGUUCUUUAACAAUGUUGCUUAUCAAUAUCAUAGGAUCAACAGAUGCAAGCAGUUAAACGAUUUCCAACUCAAAAUAGGUAUACACGUUGAAUAUAAUUCUUUUGAUAGUUUAUCAAAUCAGAGUGGAGCACUCGUAAUUCGUAUGAUAGACGAUAUCGGUUUGAUAAACUCUAGCUACUCUCUACUCGUUCUUGUUUCUGGUUAUACGCACCGAUCAGGCAAGUUAUGUAAAGACAUCGCAUCCUUUUCGUACCCUUUACGAGAUCGACCCCCUACGCGAAUGACAUUCAAUAUACCGUUCAAGCGUUUACUUGGGAAUGUUAUCACCUUAUCUGGAUAUUCUGAAAUUAACUUUAAUAUCCUAUUUACAUUGACAGUGGAAUGUUUGCUAUGCUUAAACUCUUCAGUAACCUCAAAUGGAGGAGAUUCAUCCCAAUUUUUAAAGAAGGGAAGUCAUAAAAUGCUGCAGCUUUCUUCGUGUAUCACUAUAUCUCAACGCAUUAUUGACAGUUUAUACUUUGUUACUGGAUCAUUUAUUGGUAGAAAACCACCUUUAAAGUUGAUGCACCAACGAUUAGGCAUGAACAUGUAUGAUCUUAUACCAAUUUCUAUGAACUUUGAAGGAACUAUGAUGUUACUGAAACGGAUUCUUUAUGAUAAAAAGAAUUAUAAUCCAGUGCCGAAUGUUUCCGAAAGUAAUAUUACCAAUCAAGUAGAAUGGAAAAAUAUAAGUCUACAAAUCAAAUUAAUAACAAAUGAACCUGUGGAUUUGCCUACAUUUCGUGAUCAAAUUCUUCAUAAUAUAUUAAAUAAGAAUUCUGAUUGUAUAAAUCACUAUGAUCAAGAAGCGAAUGAAAUAUCCUUAGUAUUCUUUGAUGAAUUACAAGUUGCAAUAAGAAUAAUAUUAGAGAAAUCCAAUUCAGAAAUUCCUAGCGAUGAAGAAAAUCGUGGAAAUAAUAGUCAAGUUAUUUCAAGUAUAACUCUUCAUAUCUCAUCCAUGUCUGUACCUACUUUAUUAUCUGUUUACUGUACUAUUUCAAGAAGAUUGCAGGAAAUUUUACGAGCUUCAUUUCAGAAGCCAUUUACGCUAUCGACGGAAAUUACCAAGUUUAACCGACGGAUGUUACAAGCCGACCUUCAUAACAUUCGAGACCAAGUUUGUCGUCUAAAUUAUUUAUCAAGCAUAGAAGAAGAGCUUUUACAGUCAACAAAGCUUUUGUCAGUAAUGUCUUGUAUCACAGAUUUGCAAAUCAAAAUCGGAAAUAUCACAACUAUAGUUGCUUCCGAGAUAUAA